CCCCCCCCCUCUCUCUCUAUAUAUAUCUGACAGCGUUGGAAAGUAAUGGCGGAUGCGUUGAUUGAUUGAGAGAGAGAGUGAGUGAGUGGGGGAAAAGAGCACAGAGGAGCAAAAGCACAAGCCACAAGCUGGAUCGAGAAGCUUAAGCCAUAAAACCCGACCAAAGUAUCCUGAUAUCACCAGUUCAGUUACAGGAAACCCUAGGGUUUCCACUUCAAUACCUCUGAAACCUCAGAAGAUAUACCUCUGCUGCUUAUAUUAUUCCGCAUACAUAAAUAUAUACAUAUUAUAUGUAUUUGCCUUUUUUUAACUCUGAGCACGCUGGAUUCCGCUGCCUGAGGUUUGAAUAUCGGUUUGGGGAUCUGGAUUUUGGGGGUUUCUACUCCGAAGUCAUUGUCGGUGCUCUGGAGCUCGAGAUUGGGCCUCUCUCUGGAUCUUCGAAGCUGAGAUCUGAAGAGUUUCUUACCCUGGCGUCGUUGUGAAACUGAAGUAUAAGCGGCUUUUGAGGUAGAAGAACUGUGUCAUUUUGAGCAAGCUGAAGUUCAAGCAAGCAAUUAAGUCUGUGUAAUUUGGUGUGCUUGUUUCGGAGUCAGCCGGAAUGUGCUGGUUAAUCGGAUGAAGACUUGUUUUAUGAAGUUGUUUGUAGCGAACUGGUGUGCUUGGGGCUGGGCAAGGAAGAUCAAGCGCGGAUGAGGCUGAAAUCGAUUGUGUUUGUUAGUGGAACCGGCUUCGGUUGAAGAUUUUGGAGGGGGGAGGAGGGGGGAGGAUUGUUGCUGGUUUUGUUCACGACCUUCAUUUGCUAGCAAAUUUUCAGAAUUACUUUGAGAUUUGGCUGUGGUUUUGGGGGCCAGCCGAAGAUAAGAUGAUGUUUUUGGGUGGGAAAGACGUCCAAGAAGGCUUUGUUUAGUGCUCCGGGUGUCCAGUUUGGGGAAUUUAGAGCUCUAAGUAUUGUGGUAAUAGCCUUUUUGAGCCGCUUUUGCCUCCAAAUUGGGGUUGGAAGUUCUUGAAUCUACUGAAAUGAGGCUUUCUCCUGUUGGGUUUACUGAGCAAGCGCCGGAAGGGGAGAAGAGAUGUCUCAAUUCAGAACUUUGGCAUGCAUGUGCGGGUCCUCUUGUGUCCCUGCCUACCGCUGGAAGCCGCGUGGUAUAUUUUCCCCAGGGUCAUAGUGAGCAGGUUGCUGCAUCAACCAACAAAGAAGUGGAUGCACAUAUACCUAACUACCCAAGCUUACCUCCACAACUAAUCUGUCAGCUUCAUAAUGUGGCAAUGCAUGCAGAUUUGGAGACGGAUGAGGUAUAUGCUCAAAUGACCUUGCAGCCACUGACUCCGGAAGAGCAAAAAGAUAUCUCCUUCCUUCCUGCAGAUUUAGGUGCCCCUAGCAAGCAGCCAACAAAUUAUUUCUGCAAAACCUUGACAGCUAGUGACACAAGCACUCAUGGAGGAUUUUCUGUUCCUCGCCGGGCUGCUGAAAAAGUUUUUCCCCCAUUGGACUACUCCCAGCAGCCUCCAGCUCAGGAAUUAAUAGCAAGGGAUCUGCAUGACAAUGAAUGGAAAUUCAGACAUAUAUUUCGUGGCCAGCCAAAGAGGCAUCUUCUGACGACUGGGUGGAGUGUAUUUGUUAGUGCAAAAAGACUAAUUGCUGGAGAUUCUGUCCUUUUCAUAUGGAAUGAGAAGAACCAAUUACUACUCGGUAUUAGACGUGCUAAUCGACCACAAACCGUGAUGCCUUCUUCAGUAUUAUCAAGUGACAGCAUGCACUUGGGGCUUCUUGCAGCAGCAGCUCAUGCAGCUGCUACUAAUAGCCGUUUCACCAUUUUCUACAAUCCAAGGGCUAGUCCAUCAGAAUUUGUCAUACCUCUAGCCAAAUACAUUAAAGCAGCCUAUCAUACUCGAGUUUCUGUUGGCAUGCGCUUUAGGAUGCUGUUUGAAACUGAAGAAUCAAGCGUCCGUCGCUACAUGGGCACAAUUACUGGCAUAAAUGACUUGGAUCCUGUUCGGUGGCCAAACUCGCAUUGGCGUUCGGUUAAGGUUGGUUGGGAUGAAUCUACAGCUGGGGAAAGGCAACCAAGAGUGUCUUUAUGGGAAAUAGAACCCUUGACAACAUUUCCAAUGUACCCAUCACCAUUCCCCCUCCGUCUCAAGCGACCAUGGCUACCUGGAUUACCUUCUUUUAAUGGAAUCAAAGAUAAUGAUCUUGGAAUGAAUUCUCCCCUCAUGUGGCUCCACGGAGAUAAUGUAGAUCGUGGUAUCCAAUCUCUAAACUUUCAGGCCAUUGGUGUUACCCCGUGGGUGCAGCCAAGGCUUGAUGCCUCCAUACUUAUGCAAAAUGACAUUUACCAGGCUAUGGCUGCUGCAGCUCUUCAGGAGACGAGGCCUGUAGAUCCUUCCAAACAGGCACUUCCUUCUAUUUUGCAAUUCCAGCAGCCUCAAAGUGUUCCCAAUAUGGCUACUGGUCUCAUGCAAUCGCCUAUGUUUCAGCAAUCUCAUCCUCAAUUUGCUUAUCAAAGUAUUAAAGAGAACCAGCCCCAUGUUCAGUCUCUGUCUCACCUACUUCAGCAACAACUGCAGCACCAGCACUCAUACACCAAUCAACAACAGCAACAUCACCACCAGUCACCACUGUUGGAACAAAAGCCACAACAAUUGGUUGAUCAUCAGCAAAUUUCAACUGUUGUGUCCACCCUGUCUCCAUUUGCUUCAGGCGCUCAAGGCCAGUCACCAUCAUUACGACCCAUGGCUUCUGUGUGCCGACAACAGAGCUUUUCUGACUCAAAUGGGAACCCUGCGACCAAUGGUAUUGUGUCUCCUCUCUCCAGUCUUAUGGGUUCAUUUUCGCAGGAUGAAACAUCCCAUCUGUUCAAUCUGUCAAGAAGUGAUGCAUUACUAUCUUCUGCUGGGUGGCCUUCAAAGCGAAUUGCAGUCGAUCCUCUUCUACCCCCCGCAGCAUCGCAAUGCGUCCUGCCUCAUAUGGAACAGUUGGUACCAUCUCAUACAAGCACCUCUCAAAAUACUGUCUCACUGCCACCAUUUCCUGGUAGAGAGUAUUCCAUUGACCAAGAGGGGAGCAAUGAUCCGCAGAACCAUCUUUUGUUUGGGGUUAAUAUAGAUUCCUCAUCUCUCCUAAUGCAGAAUGGAAUCUCAAGUGCUACAACUACUAGGGGAGUUGGUAAUGAUGGUGAUUCCACUCCUUUAGCUUUUGCUUCUUCUGAUUAUCUGGGUACUACAGGCACUGAUUUCCCCUUUAAUCCAGUGGUGACAUCUUCUAGUUGUGUUGAUGAAUCGAGUUUCCUGCAGUCUUCUGAAAAUGGGGGUCAAGAAAACCCACCAACCUCGACCUUCGUGAAGGUUUACAAGUCGGGGUCCUUUGGCAGGUCAUUAGAUCUCUCCAAGUUUAGCAGCUAUCAUGAGCUACGCUGUGAAAUUGCUCACAUGUUUGGCCUUGAAGGACUGUUGGAGGACCCUCUGAGAUCAGGCUGGCAGCUUGUAGUUGUUGACAGGGAGAAUGAUGUUCUCCUCCUUGGUGAUGACCCCUGGCAGGACUUUGUGAAGAGUGUGUGGUGCAUCAGGAUACUCUCUUCGCAAGAAUUGCAGCAGAUGGGCAAGAAUGGCUUGGAGCUUCUGACUUCGGUUCCAAAACAGAGGCUCUCUGGCAGCAGCUGUGAUGGCUAUCCAAGCCAACAGGAAUCGAGAAAUCUGAGUUCUGGGAUCACUUCUGUGGGGUCUCUUGAUUACUGAAACAACCUAACCAAUUAAGAUAAUCUCCCUCCUUCUGUAACUUUGGGAUUUCUUCCGACCAAGUACAGGUAGGAAGAAGUGCUUAGUUCUAGCUUAAAAUUCAUAAUUAGCUAUAGUGUAAUUAUAUUAUAUGUUCUUAAGUAAUGCAGAACUACAUUAUCUAUAAAAUGUUUUUCAUGCUUUUGGAGAUA